AUGGCAAGACCAGUAAACUCGCAAAACACAUUUUUUCCCCGACUCUCGUCACACGCGCCCUUCGAACACCCGUCACCGCCCACCUCACCCCCUUCACCCCCUCCAAGGCCUUCCCCAACCACGGGCAUGGCACUCCUUCACCCCACCGCAACACACCUUCAGCCUCCCUCAACCCCCAACCCCCCUCAACCUCCGUUCAGCGCCCCCUCUCAAGGCCGGCACCGCCCCGUGAUCGCAGGUCCUGACAACGCAGCAAAGGACGGGAUUCAGAAACCCUUUGCUCUCACCACCAAUAUUUUCCAAGGCCACAGAGAUGAUUAG